GGCUGAAGGUGAUCCUGGAUAUCAGCCAGAAGGACUACAUCCCCUUCCUCACCACCACGGCCGGAGCCCGGCUGAUGCUGCAUGAGCAGGGCAGCUUCCCUUUCCUGAAGGAUCAGGGCAUCUACGCCAUGUCAGGGACCGAGACCUCCAUCGGCGUCCUGGUGGAUGAACUGGAGAGGAUGGGUGCUCCCUACAGCGACUGCACCGUCAAUGGGUCCGACGUUCCCGUGAAGAACCUCUACGAGGACUACACUGCCUCGCAGGUGAUGGGGUUUCCCGGUUGGGGUCCCUGCCUCCUUCCCUGUUGCUGGGGGCGUCUGCAGUAUGGCCAGAGGAUGAGUCCUGCGGGAUGUUGAUCUGGCAUGGGGCACGAAGGGAGGGUCCCUGUCAGCCCCCUUGGCUGGUCUUCGUGGCCAGAGCACCUGUGGCCUUGCAGGAGGCACCUGGGUCCUUAAUGCCCUUUUCCCAUUGACAGAAAAGGGGCAGCUGGGAGGUGGGGGGGGCUCACCUCCUGGCCUGGCUGCCUUCAGUGUCCGGCCAUCGGGUAGGGCUUGAGCUGGGGGUCCAGAAGAGGCCGGAGAUUUGCUCCCCUCAG